GACGGCAGCUUUCCGGUGGUGGGAAAGUGAACGAAUCCCGAAUCAAAGCGGCGCAUUCUGAGGCAGGUGGGGUGCCAGUGGAAAAGGGAAGGCAGGCGACUGUUUACGGCCUGACUUGGGAGGCCGGCGGAUCAGCAAUUGCAGAAGCAGGCAGCGGCAGAGAGGGAAUGGUGCAGGCAGGCGCUGAGAAGGAGGUGCAGUCCAUCCCUCUCAGGGUUAGUGAAUGAGGCUCUCCGCCCGGGCCGGCCCGGGGACAGUGCGCUGCGGGUCCCAGCAUGAAUGCGGGCCCCGGCUGUGAACCCUACACCAAGCGACCCCGCUGGGGCGCCGCUACAACUUCGCCGGCUGCUUCGGACGCCCGGAGCUUUCCCAGCAGGCAGAGGCGCGUCCUCGACCCCAAGGACGCUCACGUGCAGUUCAGGGUCCCACCGUCCUCGCCAGCCUGCGUCCCAGGGCGGGCGGGACAGCACAGAGGCAGCGCCACCUCGCUUGUUUUCAAACAAAAGACUAUUACCAGUUGGAUGGACACUAAAGGAAUCAAGACAGCGGAAUCAGAAAGUUUGGAUAGUAAAGAAAACAACAAUACAAGAAUAGAAUCCAUGAUGAGUUCUGUACAGAAAGAUAACUUUUACCAACAUAAUGUAGAAAAAUUAGAAAAUGUUUCUCAGCUAAGUCUUGAUAAGUCACCCACUGAAAAGAGUACACAGUAUUUGAACCAGCAUCAGACUGCAGCAAUGUGUAAGUGGCAAAAUGAAGGGAAACACACGGAGCAGCUUUUGGAAAGUGAACCUCAAACAGUAACCCUGGUACCAGAGCAGUUUAGUAAUGCUAACAUUGAUCGGUCACCUCAAAAUGAUGAUCACAGUGACACAGAUAGUGAAGAGAAUAGAGACAAUCAACAGUUUCUCACAACUGUAAAGCUUGCAAAUGCAAAGCAGACUACAGAAGAUGAACAGGCCAGAGAAGCCAAAAGCCACCAGAAGUGCAGCAAGUCUUGCCGUCCUGGGGAAGACUGUGCAAGUUGUCAGCAAGAUGAGAUAGACGCGGUGCCAGAGAGUCCAUUGUCAGAUGUUGGCUCUGAGGAUGUUGGUACUGGACCAAAAAAUGACAACAAAUUGACUAGACAAGAAAGUUGCCUAGGAAAUUCUCCUCCAUUUGAGAAGGAAAGUGAACCUGAGUCACCGAUGGAUGUGGAUAAUUCUAAAAAUAGUUGUCAAGACUCAGAAGCAGAUGAGGAGACAAGUCCAGGUUUUGAUGAACAAGAAGAUGGUAGUUCCUCCCAAACAGCAAGUAAACCUUCAAGGUUCCAAGCAAGAGACGCUGACAUUGAAUUUAGAAAACGGUACUCUACUAAGGGAGGUGAAGUUAGAUUACAUUUCCAAUUUGAAGGAGGAGACAGUCGCACUGGAAUGAAUGAUUUAAAUGCUAAACUACCUGGAAAUAUUUCUAGCCUGAAUGUAGAAUGCAGAAAUUCUAAGCAACAUGGAAAAAAGGAUUCUAAAAUCACAGAUCAUUUCAUGAGACUGCCCAAAGCAGAGGACAGAAGAAAAGAACAAUGGGAAACCAAACAUCAAAGAACAGAAAGGAAGAUCCCUAAAUACGUUCCGCCUCACCUUUCUCCAGAUAAGAAGUGGCUUGGAACUCCCAUUGAGGAGAUGAGAAGAAUGCCUCGGUGUGGGAUCCGGCUGCCUCUCUUGAGACCAUCUGCCAAUCACACAGUAACUAUUCGGGUAGAUCUUUUGCGAGCAGGAGAAGUUCCUAAACCUUUUCCAACACAUUAUAAAGAUUUGUGGGAUAACAAGCAUGUUAAAAUGCCUUGUUCAGAACAAAAUUUGUACCCAGUAGAAGAUGAGAAUGGUGAGCGAACUGCGGGGAGCCGGUGGGAGCUCAUUCAGACUGCACUUCUCAACAAAUUUACACGACCCCAAAACUUGAAGGAUGCUAUUCUGAAAUACAAUGUGGCAUAUUCUAAGAAAUGGGACUUUACAGCUUUGAUCGAUUUCUGGGAUAAGAUACUUGAAGAAGCAGAAGCUCAACAUUUAUAUCAGUCCAUCUUGCCUGAUAUGGUGAAAAUUGCACUCUGUCUGCCAAAUAUUUGCACCCAGUCUGUAUUUUUUUGUUUCUUUUAUCAGCCAAUACCACUCCUGAAACAGAAGAUGAAUCAUUCCAUCACAAUGUCGCAGGAACAGAUUGCCAGUCUUUUAGCUAAUGCUUUCUUCUGCACAUUUCCACGACGAAAUGCUAAGAUGAAAUCGGAGUAUUCUAGUUACCCAGACAUUAACUUCAAUCGAUUGUUUGAGGGACGUUCAUCAAGGAAACCGGAGAAACUUAAAACGCUCUUCUGCUACUUUAGAAGAGUCACAGAGAAAAAACCUACUGGGUUGGUGACAUUUACAAGACAGAGUCUUGAAGAUUUUCCAGAAUGGGAAAGAUGUGAAAAACCCUUGACACGAUUGCAUGUCACUUACGAAGGGACCAUAGAAGAAAAUGGCCGAGGCAUGCUACAGGUGGAUUUUGCAAAUCGUUUUGUUGGAGGUGGUGUAACCAGUGCAGGACUUGUGCAAGAAGAAAUCCGCUUUUUAAUCAAUCCUGAGUUGAUUAUUUCGCGGCUCUUCACUGAGGUGCUGGAUCACAAUGAAUGUCUAAUUAUCACAGGUACUGAGCAGUACAGUGAAUACACAGGCUAUGCUGAGACAUAUCGUUGGUCCCGGAGCCACGAAGAUGGGAGUGAAAGGGACGACUGGCAGCGGCGCUGCACUGAGAUCGUUGCCAUCGAUGCUCUUCACUUCAGACGCUACCUCGAUCAGUUUGUGCCUGAGAAAAUGAGACGCGAGCUGAACAAGGCUUACUGUGGAUUUCUCCGUCCUGGAGUUUCUUCAGAGAAUCUUUCUGCAGUGGCCACAGGAAACUGGGGCUGUGGUGCCUUUGGGGGUGAUGCCAGGUUAAAAGCCUUAAUACAGAUACUGGCAGCUGCUGCAGCUGAGCGAGAUGUGGUUUAUUUCACCUUUGGGGACUCAGAAUUGAUGAGAGACAUUUACAGCAUGCACAUUUUCCUUACUGAAAGGAAACUCACUGUUGGAGAUGUGUAUAAGCUGUUGCUACAGUAUUACAAUGAAGAAUGCAGAAACUGUUCCACCCCUGGACCAGACAUCAAGCUUUAUCCAUUCAUAUACCAUGCUGUCGAGUCCUGUGCAGAGACCGCUGACCAUUCAGGGCAAAGGACAGGGACCUGAGGAUCCAAGCAAAUAGCAUCUCCUCCCACCUCCCACCAGAGACGUCCUGUUUGAGCUGUCAGGUGUAAUAUAUGAAUUGACUUAAGUUAAUAUAAAUGUGUAUAUAAUCCACAUUUGUAGUCAAGGACGCAAUCUCUUCCACACAUAUGCAGUUGUCAGUUGGUACAUCUAAACUCCCUCCAUCCUGACUCACGUGGACUUAGAUAUGUUUUGUUUCUAUUUUCUUCUAUUUCAGUUUUCAUUCUUUGAUGUUUAUUUCUUUUGUCCAUCAGAUCUCUUGUGAAAUCCCAUGGAAGGUUGUGCUCAGCCUGUCGGGUCUUUUUCUUCCUGCCCAUAUAUUAUACCAGUUGCUUCUGCAGCCCGCAGAUGCCAGUGAUGCCAGGAAACAAGUUGAAAUCCAGGAAUCUCUUUAACUGAUUUUGCUAAAAAUCUCCCUGUGAGCCUUCCACUCAACUCUUAAUAUGCUUGCAUUGUUUAAGUUUUUAAAUUCUGAAAAUUAAUAAUUAGGGUUUUUUUCAUAUAUGUUGCAUAAUGCAAACCUCCUAGGUUAAAAUAGUUUCUUUAUUUAAGAUAGAAUAAUUUCUAGAAAUUGACCUUUUGAGGUAUCACUUUUAUCUAUAAUGGUUUGUCUGUCUUUUUUCCUCUGAUCAGUUUUUUUUUAUACCAGUUUUGGAGACUGGCUGAGAUGAAAGGAAAUGUGGAAUAAAAGGAGGUUUUCCUGAUGUGGUGUAAAGAAAACAGAUUCAAGAGAAUUGAAGAUUUUUUUUGUUUCUUGAUACUUUUUCUUUUUAAAUUAGGACUAAUGUUUCUUUUGUGGUGCUUGAGGCAUAUUCAUAUAACCAAAGUUUGAGAACUGGGAACUUCAUGCUGAUUUGUACAUAUUGAAGUUUCUCUGGUAUUCAAAGGUUAUAUAGUGAAUGAAUUUUCAUUAAUAAAUCACUUUGUCAGAAACUCCCAUAUCAUCUAUAUUUUAUAUAUGUAUAUAUAAACAUGCUCUUUAAGUGUGUCUAUAUGUGAGCACAUAAAAUCUAAAUAAAAUUGGACUGGUGGGAAACAA